AUGACUUCAUUCAAAAUAUCAACUUAUGAAGACAUCCCUGUCGAAACUCCUGUUGAAGAAAUUCCUUCUUUGGUUGCCCGUGUUAAAGCUGGUUAUACUUCCUACAAAACCCUUCCUCUCUCUUUCCGCCGUGAACAACUACGCAAUCUUUACUAUGCACUCUACGAUAACCAAGACUUACUCUAUCAAACUUUGAUGCAAGAUCUCCAUAAAUGUCCUCAUGAGAUUAAUAUGAUGGAAACUUUCCAGACUUUUACUGAGAUUCUCUGGCUCAUUGAAAACCUCGAUGACUUGGCUGCUCCAAAACCUAUUCCAGGCUCACCUCUAGCUCUGAAACUUGCUUCAAUCCGUCUUACUCGUCAGGCUUUUGGAACUGUUCUCAUCAUAUCUCCUUGGAAUUACCCCAUUGUACUCAGUGUACUGCCAAUUGCUUCAGCUCUUGCUGCAGGAAACACAAUUGUCUACAAACCUUCAGAGAUGUGCGAACACACUUCUCGCGCUCUUGUCAAGAUUCUAUCUGAAGCUUUGGAUCCUAGUGUGUUUGUGAGUAUUACUGGUGGAGUCCCACAAUCUACUGCAGUUCUCAAGUUGCCCUUUGAUAAAAUCAUGUAUACAGGCAAUGGUGUUGUGGGUCGCAUAGUGGCCCGUGCUGCUGCAGAACACUUGACGCCCACUAUUUUGGAGCUUGGAGGAAAAUCGCCUGUGGUUGUCACAGCCACUGCCAAUUUGAAGAUUGCAGCUCGUCGUAUUCUCUGGGGGAAGCGCGCUAAUGCUGGACAGACCUGUGUUGCACCAGAUUAUCUUUUAGUUGACAAGAAGGUUCACAAGGACUUUUUAGCUGCUCUUAAAGUUGCUUACCACGAGUUUAAUGCGGGGUUGACUGCGGAAUCUCAUGACGAUUACAGUGACAUUAUCAAUGGCCGCCACUUUGCCAGAAUUAAAGCUUAUCUUGACAACACUAAGGGAUCUGUUGUUCUUGGAGGUAAUUAUGAUGAAAAAACGCUAUUUUUCCCCACCACAAUUGUGGAUGGUGUCACUGCUAGUGAUUCACUUCUUAAGGAGGAAAUUUUUGGUCCACUUCUUGGAAUUAUCACAUAUACCGAGCUUUCUGAGGCUGUGAACUUUAUUACAAGUGAACACGAUACCCCGCUUGCCCUUUACAUUUUCUCCACAUCUAAAAGAGAACAGAAUUUUAUUUUGGAUCGUGUUCGUUGUGGUGGUGUGUCUAUUAAUGAAACAUUGAUGCACCUUACUGCCCCACAAGCCCCCUUUGGUGGUGUUGGAGAGUCUGGUCAUGGUGCAUACCAUGGAAUCAAUGGUUUCCGUGCCUUUUCCCAUGAACGUACAGUUUUAUCACAGCCAGCCAUUGUUGAGAGUGCUCUCAAUGUGCGAUACCCACCAUAUUCCUUAUCCAAGUCGAAACAGUACAAUUUGAUGAGUGGUCCACCAGCCAAUCCUUAUCCACGAGAGGGCCCUGUGGUAGUUGGUGGAGUGUUUAAACAACUUUUGUCUAAAGGUUUGUGGGUUGUUGUUUUGCUUGUAGGAUUGGUAUAUUCUCGUAAGUUUUGGUGA